AUGGCAAUAAAUCGACUCCUGAAGAGAGGUGACACUAGGGUGCUCAAAAUGGUACCAUACAAGCAACCUUCAAUAUGGUACUCACCUGCACUUCUCUUGCGGCCUACAAUCCUCUGGACCGGCAGGGAUUAUCCUGAUCUACCUUCAGGAGGCUCCCCUGCAAUAUGGUGAGAACGCGGCCCAGUCGCUGGAGCUUGAGUCAGGUGGCAACAUAACGCACAAGAUGGCACAAGAUGGCAGAGGCCAUGUGCUCCCCAGGCCGUAGCAGCGAGUAGGCUGGAAGCUCAUCUGCGCCCUAUAGCUUUGGAGACCCUGACUGAAUCUCGCCUUGGAGCCACCCAUGUGGUCGAAUGGAAGGUCGUGGUUACAUCCCUGACACCGGCCCGCCUGGAAAGACAAUGCCAGCAGGAGCCCACCCUAGAGUCAGAGACUCUGGAUUUCUCAAGGGGCAGUGAUUGCCCACAGACGGCUUCCUGGAUCAUGGAGGCCCAUAUGAUGGCACACCCAAGUCCGCCCUACCUCCAAGCUGGAAUUCAGCUUCUGCCUCAGUGUGAAUGGGCUUGUCUGCAUGAUACAGGACUUUGCUUGGCCCCUGUAUGGCAUGGGUUGACAGAUGUCCUGGGAGUGUCUCUCAACCUGGUAGUGUACCCUUUACUUGCCUAA